UUUUCUCCAAUACUGCCAAAAACUUUUCUUGAUUGCAAGUAAUGAAUGAAAGGUUGCUUCUCAAAGAAAAAUUUGAAAAUUAAAUUUUUACUUUACUUGUUAUUUUUUUGUAGACUUUCUUGAAAAAUUUCCGAGGUUGAUCCAAAAAUUAGAGUAGGCAUUUCUCGAAGCUGUACGUGGCUCAAAGAAGGUAAUCGUAUUUGAAGUUUUUAAAGCAAUGGCCAUUGUGUAGUGAUAAAUUGCAGUGGGCAGCCGAACGCCCUAACUUGGAACUAUGCCGCAGAUUCAAUGCGACCGUUCAGAUAAUAAACAAAACGGUCACGCAUAUGUAUUUGAUUAAUUGCGAUCUGUGUUGUGGAAAAUCGCAAACAGUGCGAUAUGCAUUGUUUUAGAUACAAAUACAAAGUUGCCGUACAAAUACCAGCAGGUAUUAAAUCAGGUGAUAUAAUGUCGGUCGAGAAUCUGAGAAUCAAGCAACUACUUAAUUAUCGCAUCCAAGUAAAAGAAAGUGACUAUUACGCGCGUGUAGAGUAUAAUAUUUUUACUGACAAGCACAUAACCAUUUCGAAAGCAAUAUUAGGUAGCACAUUUAAGGUUCGCGGUAUCUAUGAAAUCUUAAACUUGAAACUGGAACGCGAUACGGAAUUUAAAUCAGCAGUUAAAGAUAUCAAAUCAAGGGGUGGCAUAGUUGAUUACAUGCUUACCGUGAAGGUACAGAUACCCCGUCAAUUAAGCGUUAGGCGAAUGCAACUGAUUCUGACCUUAACUAAAACACAACAGAAGAAGUGAUUUGUUAUCAUAGGUGUUAUUAAUUGUUUAGGAAACUGAAAAUUAUCGUAGUGGUCCCAUUUUUUAUAUAUAUUUCAUUCAUUUCAAAGAACUGACCAUACAUCCUCUAUAUUCUCCUUAAUCGAAUACACAUAUUACUUUGAUUACUACUUUCUCAUGUACAUAUAUAUUUUUCAAAUUUGUGUUAUUAUAAAUGAUAAUUUUGUCGCAGCUUGCCAACUCUUGAAUCUACUGUUUUACUGCCACGUAUUUCGUUGUUUGUAAUAAAAAAAUGCAUCUUUUUAAUAAUUCCCGUGUUCAAAAUUGUUAAGAUUAUCGCUAUGACCUGAGCGACCAAAAACAUUUGCUUCCCAGAUAGUCUGCCAGCUUUGAAAGUUCAUGGAACUUGAAUCUACUGAGGCUUACUAUUUUGCACUGACGAAAAAGACUAAGAGAAAUAGCUUCGGCGUGUAUAUACGUUAACUAUACAUAACGGAUGAAAAUUUGAAUUUAAAUUCAGGAGUAUAUAAGUAUAUAAGUUUUAAAUUUAUAGAAAGCCGUUAAGUGGCUGUAGUAAAUUGAAGGAUUCAAAACCUUAAAACCUACGUCACCCGCCGGCUGGUUAUGGACACUUGAUUUGAAAAUCAGAGAUUUUUACAAAAGGUUCUCCGCCACUGUUAAGCAGAAUCGUAAAGGGCUAAUCUUUUGUGACAACAUUAUGGCUUAUGGAUUGUACAGUGAUUUCGCAUGUUUGCAGAGUUCAAGAUCCCUUAAGCUUGCUUGCUAAAGGUUUCGAGGAUUUCAUAUAAAAUUUUUCUUAUCGGCUGAAAAUGUGGCCGUACAGGCAAGAAGAGUAGAAGAGACUAAACUAAAUGGCUGGUAAUUAACACCGCUAGUGCUCUUAUUGAUGACAUUAAAUUAUUACAUUUCGUUUUCUCUUUUUUCCAAACCUUUCUUAGCCUAUCUUGUCAUUUCUUUGUCCUCGAUAUAAGCAAAACCAUUAUAUAUUAUAAGAUGGACCUUUUUGUUGACAAUAUUUGCGAAUCAAAAUUAUCAAGUAAUAGCUAUAACAUCCGGUACAAACAAACGAUAUAGAAGACCGUAAGAGAGAUAGAGAGUAAAGAACAGAUAUGAGAACACUUACUGAAGUUUAUACAACAAGUAUGCGUAAAGCUAUACACUAUGAACAUCGGUAGGCGAUAGGAUGCGUUUCGAAUAGACCUGGGCGUGAGUUUUUUCGCGCUAAAGCACAUACCAGUGUGCUGUUGUGCAUGCGUUUGGUUAAGAAAAUAUAUGUAAGCGCACAAACGAUGCAACUUUUGAUUUUUCUGUGCUUGACUGUUUUUGCUUUUGCUAUUUUGACGUGAACUAUUUCCCUAAACACAAAUUGGCGUUCGUUUUGAAGAAUCACUAUUCUUUUUCUACAUAUCUGCUUAGUUAUUGCCAUCAAAUUUUUAUUAUAAUUAUUCUUCCCGAUUUCUACCAUUCAUAUAUUUUCUAUUAUUGUUAUUAAAGGCAA